UCACAACCCACCAGCCCUAACAAGUCAUUGACCUCCUCUACAGAGAGGGGAGCAGGCCAAUCUUGGCUUCAAACCUAACCCAUCAGACACUACUUGCUCUCCACCAAGAAGUAGCCCCUCGGUGAAACGGAGAAUGAAAACCAGGCCUGUUCCCAAGGUCCAAAAUACGGAGCAGUGGAAAAAGAGGUUCCGACAUGGCAGGGAAGCUGAGCUAAACCAGCUGAGGACGGUAAUGAAGAACCUGUCACUCCUGAAGCUGUUGAAGAAGUCAAAUCCCCGUACAAUAGGUCUCCACAGUUUGGCGAAAUCCUGCUGGAAACUGCUAUUUCAAGUGCCCCAGAUACUUCGUGUUUCCUCUAGGACCAGUAGAGGUACUUCCUCCCAACUAAUGGAAAUGGACAAAGACCCCAUAGAGAUUGGAGAGCUGGUAACAAUGAAUGAAGAGGUAGAGAAGGUGAAGGCAAAGAUGGGAAAGAACAAGAGAGUGGCCAAGAAGGCAACAAGAACUAAGAGUCACUGCUCCUUCUCCACCUCCUCCUGCUGCUCCUCCAAGGUCAAAGGCACCAAGCCCUCUCACUUCAUCAUCUUGAAGACCUUUCCCAAACCCCUCAAAGGAACCUCCCAGAACUUAACAAAACCUUGGAAAUGGUUUGAAGGUCUGCCCAAACGCAUCCACAUACCAGCCCCCAGAUCACUCUGCCGGCCUUCUUCACUUCGCUGGGUAAAGCGCUGCUGUACCCGGUUCUGUUCUGCAUCCUUGGAGCUGCCAAGGGCUUACCUUUACAAAGCAUGAUUCAGGCUGUUGCCUUAGUCAAAAGUCUUAGCCUUUGGCUCUCUGUGUGUUUAUUGGCUGGGGGGGGGGGGGGGGGGGCCUGGGAGGCAAAGGUUAAAAAUCAAAGAGCUUGAAAGGUUUUGGUAGAGAUCAUCUCACUGUUGGAACCAAAGGCCCAUGGAGGAGGGAAAAUGACUUGACCAGUCUCACAACUAACUGGCAGCAGAUUAGGGGGAACUGGAACCCAGGCUUCCUAACUACACAAAUAUAGUGCUCAUAUUACUGGCGGAGAAACAGAACGAUCUUGAACCUUGGGCUCAGGUUUCAAUUCCUAACUUUUGGAACUUACUGAUGGGCCCUGGUAAUGGACAAAUAAGUCAGUUAAACACUUUGAACCUUGGUUCUUAUCUGUCAAAUGGGGAGAAUAAUACAUAAAGUACUACCUAGGUCACAGAGCUUAUGAGGAAAAGGUUUUGUGAGCUAUUGAAAUCUAAGUAGUUAUUAUUACAAAGUACUUUCCUCAAACAGCUCUGGAGAGGAAGUGCAAGUAUCAUUAAUCCUCACUUGAGAAAAGAGAGGACAGAGAGAUUAAGUGAUUUGGGAUUGAGAUUAAGUGACUCCAAGGCCAGCGAUAUUACAUUACUAUACGCUACUAGGGUUUUCCUUCUUGUUGUAAGCAAGCCUCUAAGUGACUCCCCACUAAGGGCUCUAAUUCUGAAUUGGAGCCUCUUCUCCUCUGCCUUCGAAAAGCCCAGCCCUCAUCCCACCCCAGCCCACCGCUUAGCUUUGUCCCCUCCACAAUAGCCCACCCUAGGGGGGUAAACUGCAUCCCAGUACCCUCCCAGACAGGUGGUCUAACAUCCCCUAUAGAGCCUACCCGUAAGCAGCGCCCCCUAGCGACAGUGCAUCCAUUUAACAGGCUCUGAGCUGGCUGGUGGCGGGGACUCAGUGAGUGCGAGAGGUCAGCCCUCCCCUGCAGGAAGUGCGAGAGAAGUCACGACUGGGCAAAUAAAUGGCCCACAUAACACAGCACGGGGUUAGAGCCAUCUGGCCAAGAUCCUUCUGUCCUUAGGAAAGAGGAAAAGACUGGAAGGAGGAAGAGGUGGGCAGCCCUGGAACGGGAAGCCAAGAAUGCUGGGACUUCCUGGAGAGUGGAAUUUAUCCUGGACUAACCCAGGUCGCGCCAGCAAGUAGGGCUCAUCAUGAUCUGGACGUCAUAAUUGCUUCGCUCAGGCUUCAGAACCCUCCCCCUUCCAACCUCCACCUCAAAGAAAGAGGGAACCCAGCCGCUCCCAGAGUGCUAACCUGGAGGGAGUGCUCGUUACUUUUGUAUGGACUGUGGUCCAAGGGUUCCUCCUUCGAUGCUUGUCUCAAGCCUCAGGGUGGAGACCCAGAGGCAGCAGUGCUCAGCCUGGACAGACUGCCCUGAGAGGGGCAAUGGCGCUGGGUCUCCUGCUUUCGGCGCUGCUGCUGCUGCCCUGCUUUGGUAAGGCACCCAAGAUAUGCUGAAGCACGCACCGCAACCCUCUGCUACACGCUCUCCGUCGAGUCCUCCACGUCUAUCCUCCUGCCUCCAGCCCCCAAGGGACUUCAGUUAGGGCUCGAGAUGCCCAAGUAAAAUGCAUUCAAGUCUACCGCGGAUUCUCUGCCUGCAUACUGCAGCUGGGAAACAGCAUGACUGAGGCACAGGGCCUUCGAGCAGUCUGCAGGUACUGGGAAGAGUUUCAUGCUUGUGCCCUGACUACCCUCCAGGACUGUGAAGAGGAAGCUACCUUAAUUUGGGAGACAUUAAAAAAGGAAUCGAAGGAUCUCCACUUCCCUGGGAGCUUAUUUGACCUAUGCAGCCCCAAGGGUUCUGGUGGACCAGGCCCUUUGUACCUACUACCUUGGCACCUUCUGGGCACUGCUCUGCUCCUGGUCUGGCUCUAAGCAAGCCUAGGCUAAUGCAUGGAACCUGCCACCCUGAGCCAAACCUCCUGUCCAAAGGAGAAGAGGCCCUUUACUGCCUUGUCCUAUGUCACUUGAUCUAAUGACUAAUCCUAACAGGCAAAAGUGUGCUAAUACCCACAGGUUUCUGGCCUAGGUAGCACCCCACCUUCCCACAAUAAAUCCUGAGAUAAGAAUCUCAAUAUAUCCUUUGCAAUUAAAAACCUUCCUGUCUCUUCAA